UGCAUGACAUAUGCUACAUGCAUACACCAUGUGUGUGUGUGUGUAAAAAUUGCAUGGUAAUGGCUUAAAAAAAAGUACUAGUAAGUUUUUCCAGCAUUACUAAAUAAUUGUAUGUACACUGUAAAAGACCAGAGCUGAGUGAAGUUAUAACUGAGAUCAAAGUUAAAGCUUUUCAAACAUAUAAUGAGCCACAUUUACUACACGUUAAACCUCUAAAGUCACAAAUAUUUAAAAAGCAUCACACUGAUUCCCUUUUCUUUAUUCUAACAGUGUCCAAAUGAAAAAGAGCUCUGGCCAAAUAUAAUUUAAGAGAAAUAAGUUGGAUUUAUUUUUUUUCCCAGUGCGUGCAUGUUUCUCACAUUGAAUGAAUCCAAACUAGCUUUCAUCUUUAACAUAUAUGGUUUAUUUUAUCAUGACAGCAAAAUGUUUUAUGACUUGUUACUAGAGCAUUUGUGCUUUUCACAAUGCGUACAAAGACAUCUCUCUUCCCUCACAGUUUGGUCUACUGUCGGCAGUUUAUUCUACUAAGCGCUUCAAAAGCUGGGUGUUCUGUGUGCAUGUGUAUUUUUGUGUGUUUAAGUGCUCAGUAGUAACACCCACCACAAAGCCUCCUCUGCUUAAAUAUAUUUCAGUAAAUCUUCUGUGUUUAAUUCUUGGACUCAGAGAAACGGUCAAGUUUCUUUGUGUGUGUGUGACUGUUUGAGCAGCUCAGGCAGGGAGGAGAGCAGAGCCUCUUUCGCAAGGAGGGUACCACCCAGAUUAUUGAUCUGAUCAAUGGUGGUAAUAAAUAGUCAUAAGGUCCAUGAAUGUAAAGGGCGGCAGGGUCAGCUUGAGGCUUCAGGGGGAAAGCAACAAGUGCGCUGACCAUUAUUACACACAUGAAUAAAGAUGAAAUAAUUUCUGUGGUUUUAUACAGCCUGCUAUUACAUUAUGUGCAUUAUUAGUUGUCAGGGGCAGACUGUGCUAUGCCUCAUCCAUUACAACUGAAACGGCCUUCUAAGCGAGUAUAAUGAAAAAUUGAUUUUAACUUUUCCGCUGAUCCAUCAUUUGCCCCGCACACUGGCACCUCCAUAUUCUCUAAAUGUGAAUGUGUUGAGCUGGGGACACUUCACACAAAUGAUGAUAAAUUUUAAUAUAAAUGUGCUGCUGUGGACAGCAGGCAGAAUGACUGACAGCAUACUAAAACUGAUAAUUAAUAAGCGCUGCCUUGCCGCAGUGAUGUAAUGACACUGUAAGGCUCCACUUGUGAGAUGAUUGUCAUUAAAAAAACCAUAAUCUCAUCAUGGUCCACUCUGGCAUUUUGAAAUGCAUCCCAAAAUUCAACACUUUGCUCAUUUACCACAGGAGAACUGGGUAAACACCUGUGAAUCAAUUCGCCUAUUUAUAGCUGGCAUUAGUAUAUGAUGUAAGUGUUUGGGCUGCGUUGGAAUAAAGUCAACAUACACAUAAACCCAAGUGCGCAUGCAAAAGACCCAGUCAACCAAACAACCUCUGGAGUGUAUUAAAAACAUGAGCUGGACAUGCCGUUCCCUUUUAAUGGUGUUUGCAAGAAUAAUAUAAAACAAACUGCAAUACUGCAGGACCACUUAUGACCCAAAACCAUCCUACAGCAUUGCUUACCUUACAGUACCAUCCCCCGACUGUCACAAGAUGGGCAGUCAGAAUAGCAAACAGAAAUCACCAGGUGUCUGCUGUCAAUUAGACCACUGCUGUAAAAGAGUCUUUUAUGCUCGGUCAACCCACCCUGUAUAAAUGACAGCAGAUGUCUUUUUUCCAGGCAUACUGUAUCGCUUGACUAUGAAAAUAACUGAGAAAUAAAGAAACGCAUAUGAUAUUAAAAGUUUCAUAUGAUGGGGUGAUGCCAGUGAUCGAGUCCAGGCAGGCGAGGUGUUUUGUGCUGCUACACUCACACAUAACAUUCAGUAUGUAUGCAACAUUUGAUCAAUACAGCCACAGCAAUACGAUGGUUUAUUCAAGCUGCCUGGUCUUACUCUGGCAGCGUUGCUGCUGCUGUUGCUCUUUGGCAGACAUGUCUGCCUAUGUUGCUGUGGCUUUACGUGCAGUAGCAUUUUAGAAGUAGCUUGAUUGGAACAGCAAGAUGCAAAUUCUAUUCAAACUCCUGGUUCUACAAACAUGACAUUGUUUUAUGUCCAGCGGAGAACUGUUUUGCAAGUUGUGCCUCCUCUCUCCCAAAAAAUACUUAAGAGAAUGAGGCCACUAUACCUGAUAAACUCAUGAGUACACAAAUACCAUUUAACUUCCUCUGUGAAAGAACACGUGUUCAUCUCUGUAAGAUAGCAACAUCUGACCUCUGACCUUCUGAUCUCAUUUCAGAGGCUAUUUGCAUUCUUUGGCAGAAAGGAUAAUCAAUUGAUAUCCAAAUACUGUAAAUACAUUCAGAUCCAUGUCAUGUAUGCUUUAAUUGAAGGUACAAUUUGCAUUGCUUCAGUAACACAUUGUAACAGUAACACAAUCAUCUCACGUAUGUAUAAUCAGACACACUCCAUUUGAUGGGCAUUUAGUGCACUUGCAAAAGCAGCCCUUCCUCACUUACCACUAAAAGCAAAUGCAUCUGAGGUGUAUUCUCAGCUUGUGAGAAAGCGUGGGGAAAAAAAACCACAACCAGCUUCUCUGUUUGUAGCAGCCCUCAACAUUCAAAGGCCCUCUUAUAUUUUCAUUCACCUGGACAGUAGAACAACUUUCAACAUGAAGUGCAAGUAAAUAAGGGUGAGCACAAAUCAACCAGUAAGACCAGUAAUGUGUCCUGUCUGAUCACGCCUGACUGAUAUAGGCUCUCAUUAGCAAACUCUGUACUGAACAGUGCUAGUCCCAUAUACACUGCAAACUGCUUAAUGCACUGCAGACACACAAAUGUACAAACACAAGCCCCCCAUCUCUUACAGAGGUGCUUCCCUUAUGUAUCUCUCUUCAUCCCAUAUCAUUCCUUUUUAUUUGUCUUAAUCCAUUACGAACAAAGCAAUGUUGUUCUGCGUGUUAUGCCUGCAGAUCAUGGAUUCUGUGAGUACUGUGUCAGCACCGGCUAACCAAUCACAGCUCAGCAACUCCUCACUGGACUCUAAUUUGUCGGGGAGCUCUUUGGAGCAUUCCAAUCCAGUGGUCGUGCUGCUGGGUGUUGCAAUGGCCCUUCUGAUUCUGGCCAUAGUUUUUGGUAAUGUCCUGGUGAUUACAGCCAUCCUGCGGUUCCAGCGGCUCCAGACAGUCACCAACCUCUUCAUUGCCUCUCUGGCAGUUGCUGAUCUCAUCAUGGGUUUGGUUGUGGUGCCCUUUAGCUCCAGCAACAUCCUGCUGAACCGCUGGCAGUUUGGAAAUUCCAUGUGUCAGUUCUGGACAGCAACUGACGUGCUGUGUGUGACAGCCAGUAUAGAAACACUGUGUGUGAUUGCUCUGGACCGCUACCUCGCCAUCACCUCGCCACUCCGAUACCCAGUGCUGCUCACCAGGGGUCGGGCCUUGGUGGUGAUCCUCGGGGUUUGGGCAGUGGCCUCCUUCAUCUCCUUUCUUCCCAUCUAUCGAGAGUGGUGGGUGUCGCAGGAAGUGGAAGCUCAGGCCUGCUUGCGCAACGAGCAGUGCUGUGAGUUCAACACCACUGCGGCAUAUGCUGUGUGUUCCUCAAUUGUGUCAUUCUACCUGCCGCUGGUGGUGAUGAUCUUCGUGUACAGCCGGGUUUUCCAGGAGGCCCAGAAACAGCUGGAGAAAAUCAGAGGGAGAGAGAGACAUUUAUAUCACUUGCAUUACUCUGCACAGCUGGAUUAUUGCAAUGAUAGUCCUGCAAUGAACAAGCUCAGGGCAGGAACCGAGGCGGGAGGACAAGCAGGAGAGGAGAAACUGAACAUGCAGAAAACAGAAGGUAUGGACAGUGGUAAAGAAGAAAAGGGAGAAGAGAACAGAGGAAGGACAGAAAGAGGGGAAGGAAAACAUUUUGCCACAAAGCGUCUAAAAUUCUCUCUUAAGGAACACAAGGCUGUGAAGACGCUAGGGAUUAUCAUGGGAACCUUCACACUGUGUUGGCUGCCCUUCUUCGUUCUCAACAUCAUGACCUUCCUCCCCUUGGGUGACAUUAAGCUGCUCUUCAGACUCCUCAACUGGUUAGGAUACUCCAAUUCAGCCUUCAACCCGCUCAUCUACUGCCGCAGCCCUGACUUCAGACACGCCUUUCAGGAAAUACUCAGUUUGAGGGGCAAGGGGGGAGACUGGGGAGGGAGGAGAGGAUGGGGAUGGUGCAGGGAGAGAGAUUGUUACUCUAAGCCCCCAGGUAGGACGAAUAGGGACUCAGGCCUGACUAAUGCUAGGGGGCUGACUGUUCAGCAGAGCUCAGGGUGGGAGGGCAGUCUGGAGAGCUCUAUCCGAGACAGCCCGCUCACUCUGGCUUCUCCGACCUCUCGCUGUGAACAGGUUUUAGAAGUAGCUCCAGGUUCUCUUACAAACUGGCAGGCUCACAGUUCUGCCAAUGGGAGCUAUAAGGAAAAUAUGGCUUCUAUUGCUUGACCAAAUAGGAUGAUAGAAUUCACAUUGUGCAGUAAAUACCAAUUUGAUGAAGCUCAUAAUGUUUGUGUUUGGUUGAGAGUGACUCAACUCUUUGGUCGUUUUUGAGGCUGUAGCUCAUGGUGUUGUCAGUAAAUACCCUGUGAAGUGUGUUUCUGUCAAUGUUACUGGGAUUUACUUGUGUUCACCGUUCCUCUGUACAUCGGAACUACAAAGGCAGCUACACAAGAAACCAUGUUCAGCCGCAUGUAUCAGCUUUAAAAUAGGUCUUAUUUAAACCUUUCAGUGAAAAUACAAGGAAUCGCAGCAGAAAAUAUUGAGGCAUAAUAAAGCUCAAUUGCUGGUUCAUCAAUCAAACUGGCACUGGUACAACAGGGCUUUGAUUGGAAGAUGCUUCUGUUAUUUUGUUUAUAUGAAAUGUGUUUAUAUGAAAUGGAUAACAGCAAGGAUGUGUUAUAAUGGACUGCUUAUUAAUUGUGACUAAAACAUGGGGCAAAUUACUUAAGCGUCCUGUGACAUGUAUCACAGGGAAUAAGUGGAAAAGCCUUAAUGACUGCUCAAUAAUGAAAUAUCAAAAAAAGGUAAACAAAAUAAAGAAAUAAUAGUAGUAAUAAUAAUAAUAAUAAUAAAAUCUUUCAUGCUCUUGCAAGAUUGAACUUGUCUUCAAAUCUUAAUGAAGACUGAAAUAUUAACGACCAAAUAAGCAACAGUGAAAGUUAAUGUAUAAUUUACAAGAGUCAAAAAGCUAAUCAGGUUCAUUAGGACUGUGUGGGUUUGAUUUCAUUGGAUUUGAAAAAAAAACCCCACAAAUACAGAAAUCUGUCAUAUGAAUUAAUAAAAAAUGUUCUGACUUGAGUAGAAAAUUGUGUGAUCUUGUAGGAUCCCACCAUUCAUGGUAAGAAAAAGUAAACGAAAAAGGUUUCAGGGGCUUUAAGGUGAAUUUAUUGUGAAUAUUUAGAUAUAAUCCUGCUGUAGUUGUUAGGUGGUCCUAGGUGAAGACUAACUAUGUCCAAGCCGCCACAUCACUGAAGUCCAAACUGCACUGCUGCUGUAUCAGGCCAAAUUCGGUUAUUAUUAUACUACAUAAACCCACAAGGCAGGAAGCACAAGCAGGAAUUUAGCACCUCAUUUACAGUACUAAUAACUUUGUCUGCCAACAACAAAAGUGCAAGCUGCACCUUCAAACCAAACAUCCACAAAGCUAAAAACAGAAGAUAAACAAAAACAAAAACACUUUGUUUGCCCUGUGGCUAAAAGUCUUAUUUGAAAGAGAGGGUCACAUUUGAAGCUCACUUCUUAUAACAAACCUCAGACUAUCAAAAACCGUCUGUUUUUCAUUCCUUCCAGAAAAAAGAAACUUGUAGCUGGUCCAAAAUCAUUUACUGGUGUAUAUUUGUGUAUCAGAUAAACAUCUGGGACCCAAACUUGUGACUAUCAUAACUUUUCUCUCUCUCAGAUUUGGUGGGUCUGUUUCCCCCUUCUCUUUUCCCGGACAUCGCUAUCUACCAGCUCUUACCUUUCAUCCUGUCUGCUUUAGCUCUUUCAUUGUAAGAACAUUGUAAUCUGUCAGACAGAGCUGGGGAGAUAACUGUAACGCAGUGGGAUCUGUUUCCAGAACAUUACACUCUCUGUAAAAAAACAUAGCAAUCAGAUGACACAUGUUUUAAGUGUUUACUUUUUACAUUAGUGAGAAACUUUGAAGGGAAAGUAUUUGGAUCAUUUUUAUAUUUUUUUUUAUCCCAAAUUCAGCCCAAAUACAUUGUUAAAACACUAUGAAACAUCAGAUCACGUUGUACUCCAAAACAAAUUGUGUUUUGUUUUUAUAUGCAGAAAUAACCUCGCCAGCACUGCCUCUACAUGUACAGAUAAUUAUUUAAUUUGUGUUAAAAAGCUGAGGGUCAAUAAUUGGUGAUUGUGUACUGUUAAUGUGAUCUGCACGUGUCUGCCUGUAUGUAUGUUUUGCGUACAUGUGAUAUUGUGAUUGUUGACUAUAUUUGUGCAUUUUGAAACUUGAAACAUGCCAUUGGAUAUUUGUCAUUUACUGUAACGUGAAUGGGAUUCGGGUAACUAACAGCCAGAAAAGACAGAAGUUGUUUUGUAUUAGAAAUUCAAUUGAAUUUCCAAAUUCAAUAGAAUGUGAAAUGGAAAAAAAGUAAAAUAAAGGGGUUUUAAAUGCUUUCUGACGAUUGUCCGAAUUUACAGGCAGUGAUUGCACUUUUCCAUGUAAUAAAUCUAAUUUAUCUGGGUCUCUAAACAGAACAAGAAUUCAACUAAGAGUUGUUUUAAUGUGCUUUUCGUAUUUUGCACACAGGUAUUUGCGUGUCUGUUGUAGGAUACUUGGACAAAUCUGCAACGUGGUUUGUUGAAACCAAAUGUUAGAAGUGCAGCUUUUAAGGAGAGGAAAGGAUUUGAUUUUCUACCUCCAUCAGAGUCACAUGAAUGUCAUCUCAGCUCUGUAAACAUUUAUUCACAAGCUGUUGUAUAUGCUUGUGAGUCAAAGGAUGAAGUUUGAAAUUGUAUUGCUUGAAUGUGUGUGUUUGUGUUUGUGGGUGUGUAUGUGAUCAAAAAAGACGCAUUGUCAAACAAAGAGAGAGAAAGAUAAGAAAAAGAGGAAGAUGUGCCAAACAACAAAAGACAAAUAAUGUUAAAAUUAGCUCAAUAUCUCAUGAUACUAGUAACAGCUUGCUUUGUGAUAAAUGACUUGGUAAAAUGUUUGGUCAAACAAGCACAGUCAUUCAGCUGUUCUGACAAGUCAAUCAAAUAUGUGUAGCAAACCACCUACUUUGGGAUUUGUUGCAAAUAAAAUUACACUAUCUCUUCAGGUACAAAUUACCAGUAAAUCCAAAUGUUCUUGAUGCCACUUGCAGAAGUCCUCCCUGUGAAAAAGAGCAGUGCAGUCAUGGUUUGUUGGACUGAAUUCUAAUCUAAUCCUUCCUUUAACAGGGCCAACUACUGCAUAACAAAGUUUUCAUCUCAGCAUUGGCACUCACUGACAAUCUAUAAUGGGAAACAGUGAUUUGUCAAGUGGCCAAAAAAAAAAAAAUCCUUCUGACAGCAAAGGAGCUGCCUACUGUUGGCCGAACAGAG